AUGGUAUCACUAGAAAGAUCAAGAAAAAAUGUUAUGUUAUGGAAGAAAUCCAUGGUGCAUUUUUCUCUGUGUUUUGUGAUGGGGUUCUUCACAGGUUUUGCUCCUACAAGUAAAUCUAUAUUUCAUAGUCAUGUUGAUUAUUCUGAUAUGUCAGAAUUUGCACCACAACCUAUGGAAGUGUCACAGAAGACAACAAAUGUCGAUAGAAGUUGGACAGCUCCAGCACCAAGGGCUGUAGUCCACAAGCAUGAAGAAUCAUGGCCCCAGUUGAAGCCUAGAAGACUUAUAAUCAUUGUAACUCCAACAAGCACCAAACAUCCCUUUCAAGCAGUGGUUUUUUUGACAAGGUUGGCAAACACUAUCAAGCUGGUUCCUCAACCAUUGUUGUGGAUUGUUGUGGAAGACCAAACAGAAUCUUCAGAACUUUCAAACAGGCUUAGGAGGACUGGCAUCAUGUAUAGGCAUUUGGUUUCCAAGGAAAACUUCACGGACUUGGAAGCUGAACUGAAUCACCAGAGAAAUCUUGCACUCAAGCACAUUGUUCAUCACAGGCUAAGUGGGAUUGUACACUUUGCUGAGCUUUCCAACGUUUAUGAUCUCGAAUUCUUCCAACAACUAAGAUAUAUUCAGGUAUUUGGAACAUGGCCAACAGCAGUGUUAGCAGCAAACAGGAACAAAGUGAUAAUAGAAGGACCAGUGUGCGAUUCUUCACAAGUCAUAGGUUGGCAUUUAAGGAAUAUGAACAAUGAAACUGAUACAAUUACUCCUCCAAUUCAUAUUUCAAGUUUUGCAUUUAAUAGUUCCAUCCUUUGGGACCCUGAGAGAUGGGGUCGCACUUCCUCUCUUCAAGACACCUCUCAGAAUUCAAUAAAAUUUGUAAAGCAAGUAGUUCUAGAGGAUGAAGCAGAGUUGAAGGGAAUUCCCCCAGAGGACUGUUCCAGAAUUUUGCUUUGGCGUUUCAAUUUUCAUGCCUGUACCACUUCAAAUCACAAAUCUCUCACUACUACUACAUCUCACGUUAUCAGAAAAUAA